UUUUUUUUACAUUAGAUGAUCAUGUUAGUUGUAAUAAUCAGUUAAUAUUUCAUAAAAUCUCGACCUAAACAAGAUGACAGUAGACUAAACGAUGAUGGUAGACUGAAAGAUUUCAAGAGACUGGAAGAUGCCAGGAGGUUCAUUUUCUAAACCUCAUUAUUGUUCACAAUAAUUUAAAUAACCAACAAAGUUUGUGUAAUGAUCCAAAGACAAUCAUUAAAUUGUAUUGAAAUUAGCUUCUGAGAGCGACACUAAAAAUGAAUUAAAAUGUUAGGUGCACCAGUGCAACCAAGGCUAAAAGUUAGUUUAGAGCCCUGUAUCAUGUGGUAGUUGUGCAAGAGUUUAAGAAUAGCUUCUCCCAAUGUUUACAGUUCUCCGUGUUUAUCUGCUAUUCAUGCUGAAAAACACUUGCAUAAGACUGUUGGGUAAUUACUGUUGAUUACUGUGUACAACAUGGUGGAUAUUAUGAAUACGAGAUAUUUAAGGUGGUUUAACAUAAAUAAAUAAAAGCUACUAGAACAAGCCAUUUUACAUGAUGCUGUGAUAGAAAGAACUGUAAACUUCUUAAAGUAACUGAUAUAUUCUUUCAACUGUUUAUACAAAAAUUCUGUUACCACAUGAGCCCGAUUUGCAAGUUAACAUAUUGUGUAUAUAUAAAAAGAAAAAGACAAGUAUAUUUAGAUAUGAGCUCAGUCUACCAAUAAAGUCCCUCUGUCAUAAUAGGUUAGGUAAUAAAAAGGUUAAUAAAAUAAAAGGUUAUGUAAAUGACAACUAAUAAAAAGGUGAUGGGGAAAAACAUAAUGUUGACAUGUACUUGUUUACUGACAAGACUGAGCCCCCUCUCUCAGUUGGAGCUUCUCUGAACCGGUCACAUGGACCAUGUUUGUCUCUGAUCAGUCCACCACUUCUGUCUGUUCAAGGGGACUCACUCCCCACUGGAACAUGUGACACAUGCAGAAAAGAGCUGGAUGGGGGGGGUGGAUUUCUGUGAAAAGAUCCCGUCCAGCAGGCAGGCAGGAAUGCAUGCUCUCGUUGGUGGAAGGGAUCAGGUGUCACUAGCUGUAAGGGCUGGUAUAAAAGACGGGGCUUCCAGCUCUCAACCAGAAUAGAACAUCAACAUUUUGGCUAACUGCAGGCUCAGAGGAGACGUUCCUGGACUCUGAGCUAGUUUUAAGGACAAACCUGUCAUUUUCAAUUUGUAAGAAUUGGGGAAACUAGUUUAGGUUAACGACUUUUCAACUAUGGACGUCCAGAGGACAGGAUCUGUGGUUCGGCCCCCCAGCCCCAUGGACAGCCUUGAGAAGCAGCUGAGCUGCCCCAUCUGCCUGGACAUGUUCACGAAGCCUGUGGUCAUCCUGCCCUGCCAACACAACCUUUGCCGCAGUUGUGCUAGUGACCUCUAUGACUCCCGCAACCCGUACCGCUUCUCUGGUGGCGUCUUCCGGUGCCCUACCUGCCGCUUUGAGGUUGUUCUUGACCGGCAUGGCGUUCACGGCCUCCAGCGAAACCUGUUGGUGGAAAAUAUUAUCGACCUUUACAAACAGCAGCAAGAAAGUAGUAAAAGUGGAGACACUGACACCACCCUGAAGCCUAAAGAAUCCAAAGAGCCCAUGUGCCAAGAGCAUGAGGAAGAGAGAAUCAACAUCUAUUGUGUGACCUGCCAGGUACCCACCUGCUCAAUGUGCAAAGUGUUUGGCCAGCACAAAGACUGUGAGGUAGCACCCAUAUCAAGCAUUUACCAGGCCCAGAAAGGUGAGCUGAGCAAUGCCAUCGAUACUCUAGUGGCUAGCAACGGCCGUUUGCAGGCCUUGCUGAACCAGAUGGAGGAUGCAUGUCGUGCUGUCCAGGAGAACGCUCAGCGUGCAAAGCAGGGGCUGGCCGAACGCUUUGAUCUGCUAUAUGCCAUCCUCGAAGAACGCAAGACCAUUCUACUGGAGCAGAUUGGAAAAGAGCAGGAUGAAAAGGUGGCGGCUCUGCGGGCCCUGGCUCAACGGUACGGCGAACGACUGCAGGCUAGUUCAGAGCUGACGGAUACGGCCGUGAGGGCUUUGGAACAGAGCGGAGCUGCUGAGUUCCUGAUGACUUCGAAAGGACUCAUCACACAGACCAAAGAUGCAGCCAAGUCCGCGCUGGGAGAAGACAGACCAGAACCAGGCUUCGAGAAGAUGGACCACUUCACUUUGGCUACUGAGCAUGCUGAAGCAAUCCUGUCAAAAAUGGACUUUGGAGUAGGUGGUGAUGAUGAGUUUGAGGAUGCCGAAGAUGAAGAAGAGGAAUAGUAAUUAAAGCUAAAGUGGUUAUAAAGUUAGAGGUUUUAAUUUGAGGGUUUUUUUUUUUUUUAUUGUUUAUUUUUAGUAGGAGUUUAUCACAAGGACAGAAUUUGAUGUAAGGUUAGGGGGGCUUCAACGACACCCUCAAUGUCAGUGCAAUAUUUAACUUUGUCAUAUCUUUUCUUAACUUCUUUUGAUACUGUUUUUGUAUUUAAAAGCCAGUGAAAUGGAAAUGUGGAUUCCACAGUUAUGUAAAUAUAGAAUAUCUGAAGAUUGCACAUCAUUUUCUUCAUUUGAGUAAAUGUUUCCUUUUUCACUUUAACUUGAUAACAUGUUCUCAUCAAAUCUAUCUUUACCGAUAUAUUGAAUAAAGUUGCAUGACGUUAAA